GCUUUUUAAAAGGCAAAACCAAACGCUAACAAACACUUCCUUUUCCAUUUCCCAAAUUCUUCUUCUUCUUCUUCCUCCUCCUCCUCCUCCUCCUCCUCUUCCUCCAGUUUAUAAUUUAUCUGGUUUCCUCGGUUUAGCCAUUUUUGGUCAAUCCUGAAAGAUUCAAUUUAAGCUAAAUCUUUUUCCUCGGAUCCAAGAACUCACUCUUUGUUUGUUCCAUUUUUUGGCGGGUGCUUUUCUGUGUUUUUCAUGAUCUCUCUCUUGCAUUUCCAAGCUACGGAUAGGUAACUUUGUUGAGGAAUAAUUUUUUGGCUUUGGUAGAGUUGAAUAAUGACAAGGGUAAGCCGUGAUUUUGGUAAUACAAUGCAAAAGGAUGCUGUUCCUGCAGUAUCAGCAGAUGUGAUAUUUGCUUCUAGUCGGUUUCCAAAUUAUAAACUUGGAGCUAGCAAUCAAAUCCUGGAUGGAAAAGAUGAUCCUAAAGUACUGUCUAUGAAAGAGGUUGUUGCGCGUGAGACCGCACUGCUCUUGGAGCAGCAGAAACGUCUCUCCGUCCGUGACCUUGCGAGCAAAUUCGAGAAGGGGUUGGCUGCUGCAGCUAAGUUAUCUGAAGAGGCUAGACUCAGAGAGGCAGCCUCAUUGGAGAAACAUGUUCUUUUGAAGAAGCUUAGGGAUGCAUUGGAAUCAUUAAAAGGACGCGUGGCUGGUAGAAACAAGGAUGAUGUAGAGGAAGCUAUUGCUAUGGUGGAAGCUUUAGCAGUUCAGUUAACUCAAAGGGAAGGAGAGCUGAUCCAGGAAAAAGCGGAAGUGAAGAAACUAGCAAGUUUUCUCAAGCAGGCCUCAGAAGAUGCAAAAAAACUUGUUGAUGAGGAAAGAGCUUUUGCUCGUGCUGAAAUUGAGAAUGCAAGGGCAGCAGUUCAGAGAGUGGAGGAGGCCCUUGAGGAACAUGAACGAAUGUCCCGGGCAUCAGGGAAGCAGGACUUGGAAGAAUUAAUGAAAGAAGUUCAAGAGGCUAGACGAAUUAAGAUGCUCCAUCAGCCAAGCAAGGUAAUGGACAUGGAACAUGAACUUCAAGCAUUGAGGAUUCAACUAGCAGAGAAGUCCAGGCAUUCUAUUCAGCUUCAGAAAAAGCUGGCAAUGAGCAAGAGGGCCGAGGAUAAUAUUUGCCUUUUAUAUGAGUUAGAUGGUGCCGAAGCUUUAGGUUCAUAUUUGCAGAUUAGACCUUGCUCUGAUACUGCUCCUGAACUUUCUAACUGUUCAAUUCAGUGGUAUCGUAUAUCAUCUGAUGAUGGCAAAAGGGAGCUAAUAUCAGGUGCUACAAAAUCAGUUUAUGCUCCGGAGCCUUUUGAUGUUGGGCGAGCCCUGCAAGCUGAAAUUAUGUUGGAUGGCCAACGGAAUGUAUUGAAUACCACUGGAACCAUAGAUCCAGCUGCUGGACUGGGAAGCUAUGUGGAGGCGCUUGUGCGGAAACAUGAUGUUGAAUUUAAUGUAGUUGUCACCCAAAUAGAUGGAGUAGAUCAUCCCUCAGAAUCUAUUCAUGUACUUCAUGUGGGAAAGAUGAGGAUGAAGCUUUGCAAAGGAAAGAUGACCAUUGCUAAAGAAUAUUAUUCCUCUUCGAUGCAGUUCUGUGGCGUUAGAGGAGGUGGGAAUGCCGCAGCACAGGCAUCAUUUUGGCAACCAAAGAAAGGGCAUUCUUAUGUGUUAGCAUUUGAAUCAGAGCGAGACAGAAAUGCGGCCAUCAUGCUUGCCCGUAGAUUGGCUUUCGACUGCAAUAUCAUGCUUGCCGGGCCAGACGAUAGAGCUCCUUUGGGAACUUAAUAGACCUCUGCCGAUUUCCAGUUACUAAUUGUAAUUAUGUCUAUGCUUCCUAUAUUAAGUUUGUAAGAGUAGUCAUGGCAUUGUUUGAUUGUGUUAUGGUCUCCCCACCUUUCUUUUUUUUUUUUUUUUCAUUUUUUAUUCUCCCAUGUCAAUAUUGUCCCCAACACCAAGGCAUGUUUUUAUCUGCCUUUUGUCUGAAUGAAAUAUAUCCAACUAAUAUAUACAUAUGGAGAAUUACUUAGAGAUGUUUGGCAACCAAGAAAACGGUUACUGUAGGCGUGGAAUGAUUUCUUAUAGGUGAUGAUUGCUAUAAAAGAUAUUCCCCACUGAGAUGUGGCAUGAUUCUC